CUUUUUUUGCGAAUUAUUGCAGGUUGUCCGUACAGUCACUGGAGAGCUCAUACGAAAUCUAUGCGACUCCUCGUCCUUUGACAGGCAUGAACAAAAGGAAACUCUGCACUAAAGAGCGAACGGCGUGCAAUGUUUAUCGCCGACUGAUUUUAUUGGCUUGGAGGCGAUCCAGAGAAGCUGCCAGAAGCGCCAAAGAAUUGACAAAAAAACAGGAACUUCAAGUUGGUCAAUUAGAAUUGCAAAUCGACGUGCUAAGCAAACUGCGAGUGGCCGAAGGUCAGAAGCGCGAAGAAGCUCAGAGCGAAUGCCAAAAGCUGAAAAGAAACAUCGAAGUGUUGGAACUUGAGAACAAUCAACUGGUCGAGGAAACGGAAGAUUUGCGCAUUUCGUACGACAUUCUCCACAAUGAGCUCAAAGUGGCCAAAGCCGAAAAUAACUUCCUGAGUGAGCAGUCUAUUACGUUUCAGAAUCUACUGGGCAAGAAGAAGGCGGAGAUCGAAGUCCUGGAGGAAAAGGUAAGAAGGGUAGCUUUUUCCAGCUUAAAGGGCGGUAGAAACACAACAAUCUUAGCACAAUUUCAUCUAGUGAUGAGCGAGUUUGGUCUUGGUCUCAAUUUUGCAAAAAAGCAAGAAUUGCAAGAAUUUUGCGAUAUUGAACCGCAUUAAAUCUGUUCUCGUAGCCCUUAAAUAUGAUAUUAAAAUUG